CAAAUGAGAUGCAGAGACGAAAGCGAACGGAAAAAGCCGAGUGGAAAACGAGUUGAUCUGCGACCAUUUUCGCGAUAACGUUCGCCAUCAUUGAAGUCUUUAGUCUGCAUUAGUGUUACCCUUUUCUAAAAGCCUAGAGACGAUGCCGUCUUUGUUAUUUUGCGGCCCAAAAUUAGCCGCCUGUGGGAUUGUAUUAAGCAUCUGGGGAGUCAUUAUGUUGGCGAUGUUGGGGAUCUUCUUUAGUGCAAAAUCCGCUGUGCUGAUCGAAGACGUUCCCUUUACUGAGGAAGACAUCAGAAACGACAAAAACCCGCCACAGGCAAUCUACAGCCUGUACAACCAAGUGGCCAUCAACUGCUUCAUUGCUGCUGCCGUUUAUGUUGGAGUGGGUGCGAUUUCUCUGUGCCAGGUUCGCCUGAACAAGCGGCAGGAGUACAUGGUGACAUAAGUGGAGGAUGUCAAGCAGUCCACAAAUCUUCCCGUUAUUUAUUUUCAGAUUAGUUUAUUUAUUAUAACGGAUUGGUUGUAGUAGCAGUUCAAGUUUUGCGUCUUUAAAAAUGUAACAUGGAAAAUAUAGACACAAAUGAUGUGUAAUCUAUUGGUGAUAAGCUAAACAAUUCUACAUUAAAAAUGUUUUUAUGCAUGUAUUUGAAGAUUAAACAUUCCCAGUAAAUAACA